AUGGGCUUGAUCAUUGUGUUCAACAUAGGCCUCAUCAUGUACGAAGCCGAUCUGGAUGCUCGUUGUUAUCCAGGGUGGGUCAACAACUACGACCAGUGCCCAUAUAGAAGCGAUGCGAUUGACUGGCUGAAUACUGUGAACAUCUCGCUGCUCAUCGCCUACACUGCUGAGUGUUUCGUGCGGUUCUUCGUUGAGCACCUCACCUUUUUCUGCAAUCGAUGGAACAUGAUUGAUUUGACCACUGUGCUGCUGGGGUGGGCCAGCGUACUGCUAGCCGGCGUGAUCAACCUUAGUCUGCUCCGACUUUCUCGUCUCAUCCGGGUGCUCAGAGCCAUCCGAGUGCUCAUAUCGGUCCCCGAGUUUUAUCUGCUGGUCACUGGACUCUUCUCCGCCAUCAAGGCGAUUCUCUUUGGCAUGCUCCUGCUGCUGGUGUGCUUAGUUUUCUGGGCCGUCAUCGCCGUGGAGAUGUUCCAUCCCCAUGUUUCCGUCCUCGGCGAACAAGUACUCGGCGCCGACGGCACGAAGUUUCCAGCUUGCACGCGAUGCGAGCGCAGCUUCGAAACGGUCUUCGCAGCCUCAGUUACGCUCUUCCAGCAGAUCGUUGCUGGCGACGCAUGGGGCCAAAUCAACAUUCCCCUCGUCGAAGAGGCGCCGUGGCUGGUUCCAGUCGUCUACUUGGUCAUGAUUACCAUCUCCUUGGGCAUCAUGAACCUGAUCCUAGCGGUCAUCGUCGAACGAGCUUCCGAAGCUCGCGAGAACGACCAUGAUCAGAAGAUCAAGAAGAAGGAUGAGGAGCGUGCCAAGAACAUGGUGGAGCUGGCCGUGCUUUGUGCCAACUUAGACAAGGACCAGAGUGGAACCGUCUCCUUGGAAGAGAUGCGACGGGGAUAUGACAACGUGGGAGAAUUCAAGCGGCUUAUGCAACACAUGGACAUCAAGAAAGACGAGAUGGAGCUGAUUUUCCGCGUGCUCGACGAGGACAAAGAUGGCAACUUGUCCUACCUGGAGUUCUGCAAGAACCUGGGCAGCUUCUUCCGGCGUGACCCAGUGAUCAUGCACUCCCUCGUCCAGUGCUCGCUGGAGGAGCUGAAGCAAGUGGUCAAGGAGGAAGUUGUCGCCUUGAUGAAGCAGCAGCAUGCGGAGCUCAUGGCCGGAUUAGGGUUGACACCAGGCAAGUGCUUCGGCGAUGAGAAAUCGCCCCCGACUCCUUCAGCAUCUCCACUAGGUCAGGCGCCGGAGGCACUUCUAAGGGCGCCGGUGCCCUGGAACACCUUGAAGCGGAUCGAGGCGGAGCUAGAGCCCCUCCUGGUCAAGGCGGAGACGAUAGCCGCGGAGCUGGACACCUCCUCGAUUUCUGCAGAUGUGACUGAAGACUGGGCAGACCAUGGCCCGGAGCUAAACGAUGCUGCUAAAAACACGUUGCUGGAAGCGCCUUCCGGUGACAGAGAACAACCAGUGGCGCGAAGUCAGCAAGGUCCGGGCUUCGAUGAACAGUUCGAACACCUCCACGAAAGCUUCAAGCUACAGGCGGAGAAAGCAGAGCUUCUGCAAAGCAGAAUACGCACUGCACUCCACUACCUGAGUACAGCCAAAGGAGGCGGUGGAAUCGAUGCUUUUCACUCAAAGCUCUUUGUAGUCUAG